CAAAAUGAAACCACAGGAAGAAGUUAAUGAAGAAGAGCCAAAAUUUGAUCUUAGGCCGGAGGAUAAAGCUGUUAAUAUAGAUUUGAAUCAUUUACUUGAUUCCUUUGAAAAAGCAGCUAAAAGAGAUACAAAAAGAAUUAUGCAAAGAGGAGCAACUCGAAACGACUAUGCUGGGGAUAGUCUAGAUCACAGAAGAAACAGUAUCAAAAAGACACAUGAGAAAAAUAAGAAGUCAAUAAAUUCAGAGUCAAGUUAUACAACUUCAAAGCUCUCUCAAUCAAGUAGGGCCAAACCUGAAUCAACCAAGCCUGCUCUAAUAGACUUGAACAUCAAUAUGAACUCUUUAAACGAUUCUUUAAGCAAAAUAGUUGAAACUAUAAACCAGCAUGCGCUUCUUCUAAAUAACAUUUCUGGGAAUUGCACCCAGAAACUGGACAAAGACUCAUUCAGAGCUCUAUACAAAAGUGCAUAUACAAAAGACGUGAUCCAGAACUGGCAGACUCUUUUGGGAAGAGACCACAUGAAAGCUCUUGAUAAAGCUCAAAAAGAGCGAGGGACUUCCAGAAAAGAAUCAUCUGCAGAUAUUGCCCUAAAAAAAGCUGAUGAUACCAGAGCUUUGCAAGGAUCUCAGGAUAAGUUACUUAAGGAGUUCCUCUACUACAAGGAGUUUCCUUCCUUCAUAAUGUCCUCAGUGCUCCGCUUGAGUGAUGACAUCAGGUAUACCUACGAAGAAACUCAGAAGAAUAAUGCUGAGUUCAAAUAAGAUGAUGGAUUCCCUCAAGAAUGAGCUUAAAGCCGAAAGUAAAACUUUUGAAAACAAAAUUGAAGAACACAUCGAAACCCUCCACCAAUCUUUGAUCACCUCCAAAGAUGAACAAGCAAAGUUCCUCAAAGAGACAGACCUGAAGAUAGAAGAAGUUGAGAAGAAAACUCUGUGGAAAAUGAAUGAUUUCUCAGACCUCCUCGAGAACAGGCCUACAAAGGAGUUUGUCAGAGACACCACCCAGAUGGAAUGUGAUAAGAUCAGGUCGCAAAUAAUGAAGGAGUUCAACACUCAUAUUCCCAAGCUCGAACGGUCGGUUAAGACCACUAAGGAUGCCUUCAUCAUCUUCAAGGAUGAAACCACCCAAAAAGUAGGCAAAGUCCAAACAGAAAUGAACAAUGUAAAGGAAGAAAUUAAGCAAACUGAAGUAACAUUCCUAUCCAAAAAUAGGAAAAUUCAAGAAGAUUUCCAACAAAAAUUCACUGAUCUUGACGAAACCAUCAAAAAAUUCAAAGAAAAUGAUAAAAUGAAGCAGAUGAAGAUAAACAAAUGCAACGAUGAUAUCAAACAGAUCAAAGUAAAGAUCCAAGGGCUCAAAAAGACCUUAGAGAAUGCCAGUAGUCCUGACCUUGGCCAUGAGACCAGCCAUGGACUUUCCCAAAGUGUUAGCCAGACAAUAGAGAAUUAUGUCAAGAGCCAGAUCGAAAGCAACGCGAGGAGUAUCAAUGACAAAAUUGAUGAAGUCCGCAAAAGUGCUAUAGAUGAAGCCAUGGAAAUGACUCAGAGCCAUCAAGCUAAGUUCCUUGAUAAGUUCGCUGAAAAUGGCAACCAGAAUGAUGAAGAAGUACUAGAAAUGCUCGGAGAGAAAAUUAAAUCAUUCGAAAGCAAGAUAGAAUCAGAAAGAAUCUUGAUCCAAAAGAAGUUCCAGAAGCUGCUCACUGAUCUCAAUAUUGAUGAGUUCUUAGAUAGUCUUGAAGAGAAGCUUGAUGCUAAAACUUACCAUAAAUUCAAGGAGCAGUGCGAAAUUAAGCUAAAAGCAGUGGACAAGAAGUCCAAAAUCAAUGAGAAAGGUUUAACUCAGUUAGAGAAAUUUGUAGAAAACCUUGCAUUAGCAAUAUCUAAUAUAGAAAAACAUAACCACGAAAUCAUCAUAGACCCAGCUGCAACAAAGAAAAACAUUGGUAAAGUAUGCCUAAGCUGAGGUGUCACUAAAUAAAAUUUCAAUUAUCC